UCACUGACCACGUGUAAAACUGAAGUUGCCGAGAGCCAGUUAAUUAUAUGUAAAUUAACAUUUCUGAAUUAAAGAUCCGUUGUGAUGAAGGUCAUUAAAGGAAAAGAAGAAUCAAAAAAGAAAGAUGAGAGAAAAGGCUUGAGAAAGACCACGAAGGAACUACGAUCCAUACCCUCAGCACCAAAAGUAAAAAAGUAUACGCAAGACGCUGUAUACAAAGCUCUCGACAGCAUUGACAAUGGCAUGACAACAAGACGGGCUGAGCAAAUAUACAACAUUCCACGAAGCACUUUAUAUGCAAAACAGAAUUUUAUUAUUCCAGUAGAAGCUUCAAUGGGUCGCUCUCCUUAUUUGUCAGAUGAAGAAGAACAGAAAAUAGUUGAUUGGGUGUUCCAGUGUAGCGAUAGAGGAUUUCCCAUCACUAAAUGUGUACUACUGAAGUGUGUCCAGAAGCUUAUUAUAAAAUUGAAAAGAAAUGUGCCUUUUAAAGACGGUAAGCCUGGUGAAAGUUGGUGGAAAUUGUUCCGUAAACGUCAUGAUAAAGUUGCUCUCAGGGUUGCCCAAAACUUAACAAUAGGUAGAGUAUCAGCCACUGAAGAGGUGAUACGUAAUUGGUUUAAACAAGUAAAAACAUAUUUAAACAACCAUUCAUUACUAGAUAUUGAUAAAUCAAGAAUUUUCAAUCUAGAUGAGUCAGCAUUUCUUCUUUCACCAAAAGGAGAUAAAGUAUUAGCACGCAGAGGAUCUAAAACUGUUUAUAAAAUUGUUAAUGGUGAAAAGGAGUCAAUAACUGUACUGUUUAAUGUGAGUGGUGCAGGGGUCAUGCUACCACCAAUGCUAUUGUUUUGGUACGAACGUACACCAGCUCUUAUAACAAAAAGUUUACCUUCUGGAUGGUUACUUGGCAACACUGAAAAAGGCUGGAUGACUUCUGACAAGUUUUUUGAUUAUAUUACUAAUAAAUUUUAUCCUUGGUUGAAGACUAACCAUAUAGAGUUUCCUGUCAUACUUUUUGUUGAUGGACAUUCGUCUCACCUAUCAUUGCCUCUGUCAGUAUUUUGCAACGAAAAACAAAUAGUCCUCAUAGCUCUGUACCCGAAUGCAACUCAUAUACUGCAACCACUAGAUGUUGCAGUGUUUAGGCCUAUGAAAAGUGCAUGGAAGAAUACGAUAGAUGAUUACAGAUUACGAACAAACAAUCCAGGAAUAAGAAGAGAGCAUUUUGCUCCUCUUCUGAAACAAGCUAUUGAUGGCAUGGGAAAUUUGCCAAAGAUUAUCGAAAACGGAUUCACAACUUGUGGGCUAACACCAUUAAAUCCAGAUGCAAUUGACUACGGACUAACAAAAAAUCCUAAAAAAAAGUUUAUUUCACUAAAACAACAAGAACAGCAGCAGCAACAACAAGAAGAGAGAGCGAGAGAAGAAACUUCAGAACAAUUACACUUUUUUGAAAAAAACUUGGAUCAAGAAACUUUGACAGAAUUUCAAAUGGUUUUUUCGAAUAGCUCCCUCAAGAUUACUAAUUCAGAGAAUGAAGGACUCUAUCAGUAUUGGAAGAAGUUAAAAUCAAGUGAUUUGAAUAUUGUAGUAUUAUGUAUAGUUCUGUAUAUUCAAUGUGUAUUUGGUUCGUAUUUCCUAGGAGAAAUUGAAAUUUCAGCAACGACAGAAGAGUGCGAAGUGAAUAAAAGUGAAGAUGUAGGCAAGGUUGAUAGCUCAGAAGUUGUGAUAGAAGUGAUUGAUUCUUCAAUCUUCGAACCAACAUCUGAUAGCUACAGUUUCCCAAUAACUGAGUCGGAAUUUUCUUCAUACUGUGAGAAUGGCUUAACUUUGGAAUUAAUGGAGUCGAGCUGUGCAGACAUUUAUUGUGACAAAGAAGUAGAUUGCCUUACCCCAGUAGCCAUCAUCAAAAAACCAGUCAUCAAUGUAACGCUCCAAAAUUUACCUAUAAUUGACGAACCAACCAUUGAUGUACCUGUCGCUCAUCAACUUAUUUGUAAUCAAAAUGCCCUGGAUUUGACCAUAAUUAAAAAAAAUGUCUUGAGUGACAUAACUAAUAAUAAUGUGGCUAAAUGUAAAGAGUUUUAUCAAUCAACCAUCGAGCUUGAUUUCGACGGUGUCAUGAAGGAGACUUUCUAUUAUCCACCAGACAUGACUAAACCACAAAAGAAGGGUAAAGCGAAACUUACACCGAUUCUGUCGUCUGAAGAGUUCAAGGCACAAAAAAUAAGAGUAAUAGAAGAAAAAGAAGAUGCCCAAAAAGCAACUCAAGAGCGUAAGAGAGUGACAGAAGAGAAAAAAAUGAAAAGGAUUUUAAUUGAUGAAAAAAUUAAACAAUUACAAAAUGAGAAAAAAAACUUGACUGCCAAAAGGGUUAAAAAAGAAAACAUUGAUAAUUUAUAAGCUGUUUAUUUCAUAGGUGUUUAUUUAUGUCAUGUCAUAAAUAUGAUUUUAAAAUGUUCCUGCUAAUGUUAACUUAAGUUCAUAAAAAAAGUGUUAUUUUUGUUAUAGAAUUUUAUGACUUAAAUUUUAAUAUUAUUUAAUAAUGUUAGAGUGAAUCAUAUUUUAUAAGAUAACUUAUCUUUGUCAUUUGUCUCGUCAUUACUGCGUAAUUAUUGCUGUACAGAAUUUGUGAAAAAAGAAUAAAAAAAGUUGAUCUUAA